AUGUCUACAAUACUCCAGAACGUUGCGGUUGUUGGCGCCUCGGGAAAUCUUGGCGCUCCAAUUGUCAAGGAGCUGCUGGCCCAGGGGUUCAAUGUGACGGUAAUCACGCGCGAGGGGUCGUCCUCGGUCUUUCCCUCCAGCGUCACCGUCAAGAAACUUGAUGUGAGAUCCGUACCGGCCCUCACCACUGCGUUUCGCGGCCAGGACGCCGUGGUGAACGCCGCCGCCAAAUCCGCAGUAGAAGAUCAGUUGCCCCUGAUUGACGCAGCGCUGGCUGCAGGAGUCCAGCGAUUCCUGCCGGCUGAGUUCGGGAUCAACCAAAAGACUCCCAGCACGCAUGCUUUCGCAGUCAUAGUGAAGGAUAAGGCUAAGGUGGUGGACUAUCUUGUUCGUAAGGCCAACGAAAAUGCGAAGUUUUCCUGGACCGGGCUUUCUGUCGGGCUAUUUUUGGAUUGGGCCUUAGUCAACGGGCUUGCAGGCUUCCACAAGGCAACACGUACUGCCGAGAUCUUCGACUCCGGAAACGAGACCUUCCACGCUUCCUCACUGGGCUUCAUCGGCCGCGCAGUGGCAGCGGUGCUGUCUCGUCCUUCGGCGACAGCCAACAAGUACCUCGUGGUUUCGGGAGUUUCUCCGACCCAGAACGAGAUCCUCAGGGUCAUCGAGACCGCAACGGGCCAGAAAUGGGCAGUCAAGCAUGUUGAUAGCAAGGAAAAGAAAAAGCAAGGCAUCGCAGCUCUAGAAAAGAGCGACUAUAAUGGUGCGUUUCUGCCGCUGCUCCAUCAUUACUUAUUCAGCGAUGGUGGGGGUAACGGGAUCUCACUUGAAAAUAGUGAUAAUGCCGUGCUGGGACUUGAGGCGGAUGAUCUGCCCGAGCUUAUCAAAUCUAGCUUGAUGAAUUAG